AUGUAUUUUCGUCUGGCUUUUUCGAGGCUUUUAGUAACCCGAAACUUCAUUCAUACGUCAAGAGUGAUAAGGUUUCCUGUACAACUGAAGAUGCCGUCCUUGUCACCCACAAUGAGCGAGGGAAGUAUUGUAAAUUGGCUUAAAAAAGAAGGUGACGAAGUUUUGGCUGGGGAUGCGUUGUGCGAAGUUCAGACGGAUAAAGCUGUGAUGACGUUUGAGUCGGAUGAUGAUGGUAUUCUCGCUAAAAUAUUGGUAUCUGCUGGUUCACCGAAUGUCAGCGUUGGUACUGCAAUUGCCAUUUUAGCUAAUACCGAUGAAAACUGGCAAGAAGUAGCUGUUAAUGCUUCUGCUGCAGCUGCUGCAUUACCUCAGCAAACAGCCUCAGCCAGUAGUAGUUCACCUGUUCAAGCCUCUGAGAUACCGACCACUCAUCAGUCAACUCGAUCAACAUCUAUAGGACCUGCAGUUCGCCUUCUUUUACAAUCGCACAGUUUAGAUGGAUCACAGAUACCGUCAACUGGACCUCAUGGUCGUCUAUUGAAAGGUGAUGUAUUAUCUUAUGUAGCUAACAAUAAGAUGAUGAAACCUGUAGAAUCUAUUCAAGGGAAAUUAUCUCAAGAUACAAGUGUAGGUGGUGUUGGUGCCAGUGUUGCUGCUGUUCAGUCUGCUUCAUUUACUGAUAUACCUUUAACAAAUAUGCGUCAAGUGAUAGCUCAACGUCUCACUGAAUCGAAAUCGUCUAUUCCUCAUGAAUAUAUUCGUACUAUUGCUUGUCUGGAUAAUUUGAAUGACUUACGAAGAAAAAUUAAAAUGAAUUAUGGAAUAAAAUUGUCUAUUAAUGACUUCAUUAUUAAAGCAUGUGCUUUAGGUUUAAGGCUUGUACCAGAUUUGAAUGCCAUCUACGACUCACAGACGGAAUCGCCUAUCUACUUGAGAUCAGUUGAUAUCAGUAUGGCAGUUGCAACUAGCACUGGUCUAAUCACACCAAUUUUGCAUUCAACCGAUACACUAACAAUUUCAGAUAUCUCAAAGUUGUCAAAACAAUUAGCCAAGAAAGCACGAGAUGGUAGAUUACAACCAAAUGAAUUUCAAGGCGGUAGUUUCACAAUCUCUAAUCUUGGAAUGUACGGUAUUCGAGAAUUCACUGCCAUUGUGAAUCUCCCACAAGUAGCUAUUCUAGCUGUUGGAACUGGUCUACCUGAAGCCAAUAAUAAUCCCCCCAUCUCUACGCCAACAAUCGAUUCAAUAAAAGAAAUCAAUUUUUCAACGAAUAUAACACUGACAUUAUCAGUGGAUUCAAGAUGUGUGGGUGUGGAUUCACCAACAACAACAACAACAAUGUCUGCAGGUCGAUUCUUACGAUACGUGUCACAUCUGUUAACCGAGCAUCCUCAACUAUUGAUUCACGAUGAUCCAAUCUAUGGAUUGCUGGAGAAGAAUAAGAUUAACAACAUUCAGUCUUCUGAGCUGGACGAGUUUGAUACAAUGAUGAUGUUUAGAGAAGAUGGUGUCACAGAAGAUUUGAUUUCAAUGAAGACAGUAUAA